CGAUAUAAAUAAAUAAAAAAAAGAGGAGUUAGAUUUAGGGGGAGCAGCGCCGACGAGUUGGAGCAACCAAAAAUGGCGGUUGCGAGGAGCACAGCCGCCAUAGUCGCAGCGAUCUCCAUAGCCACCCUUCUCUCCUACUUUCUCCGGAAUGACAGUCGCUCUAAAGAAGCUUCACCCAGAAGAAGGAAAACGAAGAAGCAGCCCAGAAAGGGGCUCGUUCAGGCAAUUGGCAACACCCCUUUGAUCAGAAUCAACAGCCUCUCUGACGCCACUGGAUGUGAAAUUCUUGGAAAAGCGGAGUUCUUGAACCCUGGAGGGAGCGUUAAAGAUAGGGUUGCCGUGAAAAUUAUUGAAGAGGCUUUGGAGUCUGGCAAGCUAGCUCAAGGUGGAGUAGUUACAGAGGGGAGUGCUGGAAGCACUGCCAUCAGUCUUGCAACGGUAGCUCCUGCUUAUGGAUGCAAAUGUCAUGUGGUUAUCCCAGAUGAUGUUGCAAUUGAGAAAUCUCAAAUACUUGAAGCACUUGGAGCUACUGUCGAAAGGGUUAGACCAGUCUCAAUUACGCACAGAGACCACUACGUCAAUAUUGCAAGGAGAAGGGCACUAGAAGCUAAUGAAGUGGCUGCAAAGCAUAGAAAUUCUACCUUAAUAGAUGCCAAGGAUGUAGAGAAAAUUAAGGGUUAUGCAUACGAGGGUGAGACACAUAGUUCAGUCUUCUCAAGUGAUUGCAAAGGUGGUUUCUUUGCAGAUCAAUUCGAAAACUUGGCAAACUAUAGGGCCCACUAUGAGGGUACCGGGCCCGAGAUAUGGCAGCAGACUGGUGGUAAUCUGCAUGCGUUCAUUGCAGCUGCAGGCACAGGAGGUACUGUUGCUGGUAUUUCCCGAUUUCUCAAGGAAAAGAAUCCAUACAUCAAGUGUUUCCUCAUUGAUCCUCCAGGUUCUGGUUUGUUCAACAAGGUUACAAGGGGAGUGAUGUACACCAAGGAAGAGGCUGAAGGGCGGAGGCUGAAGAACCCGUUUGAUACCAUAACUGAAGGGAUUGGAAUUAACAGAUUAACCCAAAAUUUUAUGAUGGCAGAACUUGACGGGGCUUUCCGAGGUACUGACUUGGAAGCUGUUGAAAUGUCUAGGUUUCUGUUGAAGAAUGACGGGCUAUUUCUCGGGAGUAGCUCUGCGAUGAAUUGCGUUGGAGCUGUCAGAGUGGCACAACUGAUAGGCCCCGGUCACACGAUUGUAACAAUUCUUUGUGAUAGCGGGAUGAGGCAUCUGAGUAAGUUUUAUGACACUCAAUAUCUGUCUCAGCAUGAACUUACAUCCUCAGCUACUGGACUAGAAUUUCUGGGUCUCAAAUGAGAUCUCGUCUGGCAGAGGAGGAUCUCUGCCCCCCCUAUGAUGAUGAUGAUGAUGAUGAUAUAUUGCUUGCUGAUCCCGUCUAAUUCUUGGGGAACUUUUGUUAGGUUGGAGAGAUUCCCCAAUUGAGGAGUGAGUAUUGCAUUUGUAGCUAGUUAGUAGGGCUUUACUGCCGAGGCAUUGAGGAGGGCAGUGGCCUGCACUUUCAUUUUGUAGUACUUCCCAAACUUAGAAUUAGUUUAGAAUAGUGAGACAACACAUGAUAUUGAGUUGGAGAAGAUUAAAUUGUACUUAAUACCAUUUUGUUAUAUCAUCAACAUAUUUCUUUGCUAUGUUUUUCGUGAA